AUGGGUUCCCUCAAGGAUGUCGAGGCAUCCCAUGAUGACCACAAGGAGCCUGCGGCGCUGGAGAUGGACGACAUCGCUAAGGACCCCAAGGCGUCCGCCGAAUACAACGAAGCGGCCAUGGACGCAGAACUCCAACAGCUGGAGGAACAGUUCCGUGAGUUGAAGCAGCCUCGCUUCCAGGUGACCUUGUCCAACCCGGCUUUCUUCACUUAUAUCCUUGUCGCCUUUGCCUCCAUGGGUGGUCUGCUUUCGGGUCUGGACCAGUCUCUGAUCAGUGGUGCCAACCUUUUCAUGCCCGGUGCUCUACAUUUGUCGGACAACGAUAGCAGUCUGGUCAAUGCCGGUAUGCCGCUGGGUGCUGUCGCCGGUGCCCUCAUCCUGUCGCCUGCCAACGAGUACCUGGGUCGUCGCAUGGCCAUCAUCGUCUCUUGUAUCCUGUACACCAUCGGUGCCGCCCUGGAGGCAGGUGCCAUUAACUUUGGCAUGAUGUUUGCCGGCCGUUUCAUCCUGGGUGCAGGUGUCGGUCUUGAGGGCGGAACGGUCCCUGUCUAUGUUGCCGAGUGUGUUCCCUCAAGGAUUCGUGGUAACCUCGUCUCCCUGUAUCAGUUGAACAUCGCCUUGGGAGAGGUUCUUGGCUAUGCAGUGGCCGCUAUCUUUGUCGACGUCACCGGUAACUGGCGGUACAUUCUUGGUUCCUCUCUUGUCUUCUCAACCAUCCUCUUCGUGGGCAUGCUUUUCCUGCCCGAGAGCCCGCGUUUCCUUAUGCACAAGGGCAAGCCGGUGGAAGCGUACGGUGUGUGGAAGCAGAUUCGCGGCUUCGACACGCUCGAAGCUAAGGACGAAUUCUUGGGCAUGCGGCAGGCCGUCACGGCAGAACAUGAUGAGCAGCAGAACACCAAGAAAUACGCCUGGAUGGAUUUCUUAACUGAACCUCGUGCUCGCCGUGCCAUGGUCUACGCCAACGCCAUGGUCUUCCUGGGCCAGUUCACCGGUGUCAACGCCGUUAUGUACUACAUGGGCGUUCUCAUGACAAAGAUCGGUUUCGAUGAACGUACCAGCGUCUUCAUGUCGCUAGUUGGCGGUGGCUCCCUGCUCAUCGGUGCCAUCCCUGCCGUGAUGUACAUGGAGAAGUUCGGCCGUCGCUACUGGGCCAAUGCCAUGCUUCCGGGCUUCUUCAUCGGCCUGGUUCUCGUCGGUGUUGGCUAUACUAUCAACUACGAAGAGCAUCCCGCCGCCGCCGAAGGUGUCUAUCUGACCGGUAUCAUCCUCUACAUGGGUUUCUUCGGUUCCUACGCCUGUCUUACGUGGGUCAUCCCCGCCGAAGUCUUCCCCACCUACCUGCGAUCCUACGGCAUGACCACCGCCGACGCCAACCUCUUCCUCUGCUCUUUCAUCGUCACCUACAACUUCACCGCCAUGAUGAACUCCAUGACCCGUAUCGGUCUCACCCUGGGCUUCUACGGCGGCAUCGCCGCCAUCGGCUGGUUCUACCAGAUCCUCUUCAUGCCCGAGACAAAGAACAAGUCCCUCGAGGAGAUCGACGAGCUUUUCUCGCGCCCCACGUCCGUCAUCGUGCGCCAGAACAUCAAGAGCACGGCCGAGGUGAUUCGCGACCUUUGCCAUUUCCGCUUCAAGAAGGUGUUUUCCCCCGAAGCAUAA